AUGAACUUAAGGGCCAGCUCUCAUGGAGAGCUCCAGGCUCUGACUUCACUAAGGACCCCUGCUUCAGACAGUAGUACCUUUAAGUCUCUUUCUCACAGCAGCAACAACAUGAGCGGCCGAUUCGAAAGCAUUGAAGAGCUUAAAGGAGUCUCUAAACCCACACACCCUCCUCGAAGACCUGUACGUGCAGUCCGUCCCAUGAGUGCUCUGAGUGCCAGCGGCUCCUUCCUGCAGAUAAACCACCUGCAGGGAGAACUAGUGAGGAAGAGGAAGGAAUGUGAAGACCUAAAGAAGGAGAACAAGUAUCUGUCUAAUGAAAUUCACAUGGAAAGGAUCAUGAUGAGGACUGAGAGUGAGCUCACCAUGAGAACCCUGCGCAAUCUCAACCAGGAACUCCAGGCCCAAGUUAAAGAGUUGAAACAGAAGCUGCAUCUCAGCCAGCAGAGGGCGACACUGUGCUCCAGGGCAGCUGAGGAUGCUGAUAGAGGACGAGCAGAGGCGGACAAGAGCAGGGCACUAGCGGAGGCUCGGGCAAUAGACAGCAGGCAAGAGAAAGAUCUCGCAGUAGCUGACAAAACACGGCUCAGUGAAGAACUACAUCUGCUGAAAAAAGAGCACAAUGAUGUCCAGCUACUUUUAGCACAAGCUGAAAAGAAUUACUUUGAGACCAAGCUAAAACUAGACAGGGUGUCAGGAGAAAAGCAGGCUCUCCAUGAGGAGAACAGAACGCUGGAGGGUGAGAGGAACACGUUACGACACAAACUGAAGGAGUUGACUGAGGAGAAUGUGAAGAUAAUGGAAAAGGAGGUGAACUCCAGACGCAGAGCUCUGGUUGCUGAAGAGCAGAGAGAAAGGGCAAAUAAAGCUCAGCAGGAAGCGGAGCAGGAAAGACAUUUAGCUGAGCGGGAGAGGGAAGAUCGCACCAGGGAGUGUCUCAGCUGGAGAGAGAAACACCAGGUUCUGGCAGAAGUUAUCAGAGCCCAAGAAGAACUUCAGUCUCUGAGACAGACCAAAGCUUGUCAAGCUAAUAUUAAGAGCUACUUCCUGUGUAUGACUGAAAGCGACCAGAGGGUUAAGAUCCUGAAAAAUCAAGAUGGCACACCAAGGAACUUCACGGAAGGAGACCCGGUGUAUAUCUCCACGCCUGACCUCAACAGUGAAGAAUCCGAGAGAAGUUCAGGGAGGACGAUGUUUAGGGUGGCUGCACCUCGAGUUGGACGGGACACAGGCCCAGCACACUUCAGCGAGCUGUCACCAAUGGCAGACUCCCAUGAAUCAGGAUUUUCAAGGAGAAACAGGAAAGUGGAAUAUUUCUGGAUCCCCACUGAUGAGGAAUAAAUGUCAAAUGUCUAGUUUUAGAUACAUUGCCUAAACAACAAAAUAUGGCUUGUAAACAAUUUGCUAAAUCUCCUACUAGAUUCAGUUAGCCUAAAUUUAAUUUUGUAAAGGUUUUAACCUUCAAACUAUACUUUAAAUGUUGUGCAAACCAACCGAAACAGUACUGUUUGGUAAAAUAGUUCCAUCUUCACUAGAAGAGAUUUAACAAAAUGAAAGCUAUGAAAAGUACAAUUCUCAGAAUAUUUCUUACAAAUAAUGUCAACUAGAAAACUUUAGCUGAUCAAGUUUUUCCUUUAUUGUGAACUCAGCAAUAGUGGUGAUGAAUACAGCACUAAGCAGCCUUACAAUGACAUGAUCAUAAGCCAUUUCCUGUCUGACAACUGGAUUGCAGUUAACAUGUUGGCAAACGCAAGUGUACAAGAUUAACUUUGUCAAGUACAGUUAAAACUCCUGUCAAUAAAAGGUUGUCUGAGAACCCCUUAU